AUGAAUAUCAUUGUAAUAAUAGUAUUUCUAACAAGUAAAUCGCUAUCCAUCGUAUUGGAUAUACCAUUUAACCCAGUGGAUGAAAGUUAUUUUAAAAUCACAAAGGUGGGUGUUAACCCGAAUUUGAUACUGGAAGAGUACGGAAUAGCACAUGGAUAUAUAUUCUAUGAAUCAAAUGACCACAACUUUAUAAAUAGAGUAACAUACCUAGGAAAUGAGAUAUUUAAUGACGGAGAAUACAGAGAAAGAUCAUUUAGAAGAUUAGUGAGCUAUGGAGAUAUGGGAAACGCAGUAACAGUGUCAAUAUACUCAGGAAGUGAAGAAAUAGAGUUGGAAUCAAUAUUAUACAUAACUAAAGCAAUAGUAUACGAUUUGAAAGAAGCAAGGAAAGUAUUUAGGAUAAAAAGAGACCCAUUGAUACCAGAAUCAGAAAAACCAUCGCUGAAGUCAAUAUGUUAUGAAUUAAAUAAACUAAAACCAGAGAAUUAUGUCGAGGAAGUAAGCAGGCUCACGAAAAAAGAAGUUACAAUGGGUGAAAAACAAAUAGAACGUGAACUGGAUAAAAUUUUUAGAAUCAUAAUAGUUAGAGCAUUGGCAAAAAAAUUAGUAGAAGGAAUGAACACAUAA